AAGUCUUGACUUUAUUGCCAAUAUUGGUCUUCCAGACCAUGUUCUUGAUCAAUUGAGCCAGUGAAGGCUGAGUGAAGAAGACUUGCAGUUUGGUUCUAGGACCACUGGGUCUGUCCACAGCAGAAUUUUGUACAGUAUGCGAUUCUCCUGUACGCUGCAGAAACUCUUGCGCGUCGGUCUUUGAUUUGGCGUAGUCUGCUAUAAUCAUUAUGUUUUGAGAUUUGAUUUGAAUGUUCACUUCACUUGCGAUGUUGUCAUAAUAGUUCUACAAACACCCAUUAGGAUUCAGUGAGUCUGGCACGCGCUCAGCGUGGAGGUGGUAAGCUUGAGGUACAGCACUGUAGAUUUCUCGAAGCGUAUGGAGACAUCAACACGAAUGGCCAAUACUACUACGGAAGCAUCAACAACGGACGCGGCCGGUGUGAAGCAGAACCCCGAUGCCGUGCACCAGGAGUGCGGCGAUUUGUACGAGGCAGUCCAAAAGACUCACGUGUCGCUUGCAGCGUGUCGUCAGUCGUCCUCUGAGAAGGUUCUAGUGUUGCGCAACAAAACAUAUGAGGAUAUUUUAGAAAUUGCGGAAGUGGCCCCGUCUCUCCAGAGUGUAUCCUUACCAUCUGACACCUUCUGUGAAGAUGGAGAGUUUACAAAGGCAUUGCAGUUAUUCAGCGAAUCUGGUGCAUCAGAGAAACUGGCUGAGGGUGUCAAAUCACUGUCAGAUCUGCUCGACAUCAAUUCUGUCGUGGACGGCAAUGCCAAGAAAGAUCGGCCGAGCCGUGUGCGCUAAACUGCACUAGAGUACAUGCAGCUGGCUCAGCCCAGAAUCCUAUAUGGACAGGGCUGUACAGUAGAGAAUGGCCGCUCGGCAUCUUGACAACUAACGCAACGCCUAUCUCGCUGGAGCAGGUUCAUAAAACUUCACCCUGUUGCUUGAAGCUCACGAAAACAUGCUUUCUGCGCUGCUGCAUUGGUCAUGUGUUAUUCAGCUGACAACAUGAUCAUGUCAGUACACAAAAUAUUAGGAACAAAUACCACUCAAUCUAUCAGAGCAGUGUAGUGACCCCGGCCCCUUUCCACAGCGUGUUGCUCUGUGCAACUGUACACCGACUGCUACCUACACACGAAUAGUACUUGUUUAGUAGUAGGCCGUGAUUAGAAUUUAGACCAACGAUCCAGAGUACUUGACGAGAAGAGGAAGAACCAUUCAAAUUCUCCAUGGAACACUUUGUGUCACGCGAAUGAAUGUUUCAGCAUGCUGUGACUUUUAAAAGUAAUUUAUCAUCUCUUUUUUUACACCGUAACGGAAUAGCAGUAUUCACAUCUGUUUAGACUGGA